AUGUCCGCACUCGUAUGGGCCGCCGAUCAUGGGAUGGUGGAGACUGCUCAUCAUUCACUGAACGCUAGUUUCGGACUUUCAAGCAAUGUAAAACUUGAGACAUUCUAUGAUGCACUUACAAUAGCAGUGCAAGCGGGACACACGAGUAUUGCGAAGACUCUUCUAUUGCAAGAGGGAAUCGAUCCUAAUUUCCAAUAUCAUGAUAGAGAGUCCAGAGGAUGGAUAACGUUUUUAGCAAGAGCAGCUCGUGCAGGACAUGUACAUAUGGUUGCCCUUCUGCUGUCAACAAAAGGCAUCAACCCGAAUCUAGGAGAUGCCAUGGGGAAACCCCCGAUUGCUUACGCGGGAUUAAGUAACCAAGAUGCAGUGGUUAAACAGCUGCUUGCCGCCCCAGGCGUAGAUCCGAAUUGGAAAGAUCACCAUGGCCGUACACCACUUGCCUGGACAGUUAGUUUCGGCUCAGAAGAAGCUGUGUCACUAUUCUUAUGUCGACAGGACAUUGAUGUCAAUGCUGCGAUAGGUACGGAUUAUUUGUGGAAGAAGGGCUGGACCGCCCUGAUUUUCGCGGCUAGCAGGGGAUUUGCAACGAAAGUGGAGCUAUUGCUUAACACGCCACAUAUCAAUGUGAACCACCAAUGCUCCCGUGGAAUGACAGCGUUACACCGGGCAGUGCAGGCUGGCUCUAGAGUUAUCGUGCAGCUUCUACUCGCAAGGGGGGCAUAUCCUGACCCCAGAGACGACAAUAAUUGCUCUCCCCUCGUUCAGUCCGCAUCGAAUGGACACCUAUCCAUCAUGAAAUUACUAUAUGAAGCAGGGGCUGACCUCAACACUACCCCGAGAAAUGGAUAUACUGCACUUAUUAGAGCUUCGGGUGAAGGACAUACAGAUAUAGUUAUGUUUCUUUUAGAGACGGGAAAGGUUGACCUAGCAGCGCAAAGCGAAGCCGACAAGCGCAAUGCUUUGUCGGUAGCUGCAGAGGGAGGACAUCGGGAAAUUGUCGACCUGUUAUUGAAACAGAAUGGCCAAGGGUUUCCUAACGAAAGGGAUAAUCGGGGACGAUCAGCAUUAUCAUAUGCGAUUCAAUAUGGUGAUCUUGAGACAAUUAAAUUGCUGAUACAGGUUUCAUCUCCAAUUAAUAGUAGGGAAACAGAUGCCAUCGGCCAAACACUCCUUUCAUAUGCUGCACGGCACAACAAUCCAGAAAUACUGAGCCUGUUAGCAUCAGUCACGAAAGCUACUACAUAG